UAAGUGACCAUCCCAGGGCAGCCACCCACUGUCCACUUGCUAUGCCCACUCAGCAAUAGCUACCCUGAUACUGCUCAUUCCUUUGCCACCAUGUCGAGGCAGCUCAACAUGGACACCCUGCGGCAAAACUUCUGGAAGGAGGAAUAUCUCAAAGAGAUGAUGUUGCGCUACGAAUGGCAGCGCAAAUAUGGGACUCUGGUGAAGGCCAAGCAGAAGGCUAAGGCUGCAUCCCGUCUGCCCCGAAAACUGCCCACCCUGUUGCCUCAGGCCUCAGUCGCACCACCACCACCAGCCUCCAAAACAACCCCGUCUAAAGCCCCCAGCCCUGCCCCAGAGCCUCUUUUUCUGUCAGAUAUGUACCCCGUUGCGCCUAACACCAAAGCCCUGCUGUAUGAAGGCAUCUCCCACGACUUGCAGGGGCGCUACCAGUAUCUCAACACCCGAAAACUGGAUCUGCCAGAGACGCGUUACCUGUUCCCCAUCACCACCAACUUCACAUAUGGCUGGCAGCUGGGCCCUCCAACAAAGCAAGAAUUGGUCUCCUGCAAGAUGUGCCGAAUUGAGUCAUUCUUCCGUAAGAAUGGUGCCUUUGCACUCCUGGACCCUCGAGAUCUGGCCCUCUGAGCUUGGGCCUGGCAGUCACUUA